UCAAGAUCUGAUUCGGUGUUGUCCUGGUGAUUUUCCCUUCCCAAAUCCUUCAAGCUAGGUGACCCAUCCAUUCGAAAAUAAUAUGCCGCGGCAGUUAGCCCGUGUAUUGACCUGGUUUCAGGUUCUUGUAUUGGUAGCCUUAAUUUUUUUUGCAUAUCAUGUUUAUGGUACUUUAUUGCUCGCUACCAUCUGUGGACAUCAAAUCUGCCUGUAGUGUUUAUUGUAUUGUAUGGCGUGUCAUGUUAAAGUUGCAUUUUCCUGUUUCGAUCAAAAUCUGCCUGUAGUGCUUAUUGAAUUACAUUGUGUGUCAUGUUGAUGUUUUCCUUGCUCCAGUUUUGCAUUUAGAUGGACAAUAAGACAAAUAUGCUAAUUUAUGGGGCAGUUGCAUAUACGCUGUGACAGAUGCUUUACUAGAUGAGAAGGAUGGGAUGGAGUACCUAGACAAUAAAUAACAAAGAAUGAUAUAACUUGUGUGAACAUGCUUAGGCUUGGUAGAGCCCCUCUCUGACGAUUUUAUAAACUUGGGAAUUGCUUGAGGACACGAUACAUUUGUGUGUUGAGCAGCUAGUAGCUAUAUAUAUUUUUAAAUUAGGCACAACCUUAGGAAUAGGUUAAUGGUCACAAAUUUGAUAGGUCCACUGAAGUCGUUAACAGUUAUUUCAAUAAGUCUUCCGUGCUAUUGGCAUGCUAUGAGAUGAUUUUAUUACGAAUCCUUCAUUGGAGACCCCAACCAAAGUAGAAGGGUGCCACAGGUGGGAUGCAUACUCAAGGUGGGAAGACUGCUCCAUUAUCACAACCCUGUGGAUCAGUUGACACUAGUCUUUGGGUUGCAAAAUCUGGACAGUGCCUUCUGAAGUUUGACAGUCAUUAUCUUGUCAACAGUACAUUGCCCUGCAAGAUGCCAAAAAUAAAGAACCUGUCUGAUGCAUGUAAAGUAUCAUUUUCUCCAGAUGGACCCAUAUCUGAAGAAACACUCGAGAGAGUUCGUGCACUGUUAGAUGAGAUCAGACCUUUAGAUCUUGGCCUAGAUAACGAAGCACAAAUUGCACGUAAUUGGAAUAGUUCUACGCGUCAACAGAAUGGGAGGCGCGGACGCGGCGGGCCUAACCAGUACGCGCCCUCAAUCAAAUAUCUCCACAUUCAUGAAUGCGAAAGUUUCUCUAUGGGUAUAUUUUGUAUGCCACCGUCAUCAGUUAUUCCACUUCACAAUCAUCCAGGAAUGACUGUGCUGAGCAAGCUUCUUUAUGGCAAGCUGCACGCCGAAUCAUAUGAUUGGAUCGAUGUAGCUGAUCCAACUGACCCGUUAAAGCCAAGACCAGCAAGGUGUGUAAGAGACCGUGAAAUGACUGCGCCCGAGACAACCAUUCUUUAUCCUGAUAGAGGUGGUAACAUCCACACUUUCAGAGCCAUCACACCUUGUGCACUCUUUGACGUCCUUUCUCCACCUUAUUCCGCUGAGAAUGGGAGAGACUGUUCAUACUUCCGGAAGUCACCAGUGAAGGAGCCAUCUGUUGUUUUGCCGAGUGAAAUAGAUAGCUCUGAGGUAGUCUGGUUGGAGGAAUUGGAGGACCAUCAGCCUCCAGAGGGCUUUGUUGUUGCUAGAGGUUUGUACAAAGGCCCUGUGAUAAGGAGAUAGUUAGGUUUUGAUACCACUUUUGCCAAUGGAUUGAGGACCCAGAGGGCGCCUCGUAUCAGUUGUAUGUGGCUUAGUAGAGCAAGUAUCAUCCAGGCAACCCGCAAGCAGCCUGUGGUUUACAUUGUACACACACCACCUGUUGUGGGUGAAUGAAGAAACGAUUGAGACCAUUUUCAUUGUUCCUGCUCGGUACUGGAGCAAUGCUGCUGGUCUGUGAUGUACCCACGUGGCUCUUUUAUCAGAUGAAGGCCUUGGAGUAUAUACUUCUUUUGAGAUUGGAGAGUUCUUGCCAUGCUGUAUUAGGUAGAACAAGUGGCAUGGGCUUCUCACCUAAUGAUUGUUUCAGAAAAAUUGAUUUGGUGUGGUGAACUGAUUAUUCGGUGUCAUUAUGUAAACAAUCGCAUAAACAUUCUUUGGGAUAAAACUUUCGUCUUCGCAAAAA